AUGGCGCGUUUAUACAGAUGCGGCAUUUGGAUUUUACUGAUCCUAUUAUUAUCGAAUAACUGUGAAGCAAUUAGAACGAGACACCACACGUUUAGGAGAACGAGAUCUGCCCAGAGAAGUGACUCAAGAUCAAAAGACAGCGUCGUAUUCCCGGGUAUGUCGUUCAAGCCAAAGAUCCCGAAAGAGUGCGAGAAGAUCGGCAUUUGCGACCAACUGCCGGAAUACCCAGAGAGCCACGUGGAGCAAUUGGUGAAUGAGUUGUUAAGGACAAACUCCACGAAAUUCAACGUGGACGAGCUAGAGUUGCAAAUUGCGCAAAGGUUUGGGGAGGACGAGAAGAACUUGGAGCUGUGCCGGUCAAAUGAAACGCUAUUAAACCCAAAGGCAGCUAAGGACGCAAAUAAUAAAUGGCAUUACGUUAUUAACAAAGUACUGGGCGUUGUCCAGUCGUUUCGGGUCGAUAUUUGUGAUCAGAGUAGCACAGAGUGCAAUACGGUCGCACAUUUCGCGCGGGGUAACAAAGCCAGAUGCAAACAGAAAUUCAUACUCCGCAAUAUGGUGGCCAUUGACUACAACGGUAAACUCAUCGAGAAGAAUUUCCUGAUCCCCAGCUGCUGUUCCUGUGUAUACGAAGUAACCACGCUG